GGCGGCGACGACGACGGCAGGAUGACAGGAAUGGAGACUGAAACAGCGAGAGACAAAGCCAUGGAAGAAGAAAGCACUGAACAGAAAAAGGAGAGGGAGAAGAAGAAGAGGUCAAGGGUCAAACAGGUGCUGGCAGAUAUAGCCAAGCAAGUGGAUUUCUGGUUUGGGGAUGUAAAUCUCCACAAAGACAGAUUUCUCCGGGAACAAAUAGAGAAGUCCAGAGAUGGGUAUGUUGACAUAUCACUUCUUGUUUCUUUCAACAAGAUGAAAAAAUUAACCACUGAUGGGAAGCUGAUCGCUCGGGCAGUUAAAAGCUCCUCUGUUGUGGAGCUGGACUUGGAAGGAACCAGAAUCAGAAGACGCCAACCACUGGGUGAGAGGCCAAAGGAUGUGGACAGUCGGACUGUCUAUGUGGAGCUGCUUCCCAAAAAUGUCAAUCACAGUUGGAUCGAGAGGGUGUUUGGCAAGUGUGGUAACGUGGUUUAUGUCAGUAUUCCCCGGUACAAAACUACUGGGGACCCCAAGGGCUUUGCUUUUGUGGAAUUUGAAACUAAAGAGCAAGCAGAGAAAGCUAUUGAGUUUUUGAAUAAUCCACCCGAAGAAGCACCACGGAAACCUGGGAUUUUCCCCAAAACAGUGAAGAAUAAGCCUGUUCCUACACUGAACACAAGUGACAACACUGUAGUAGAGGAGAAGAAAAAGAAGAAAAAAAAGAAAUCGAAAAUGAAGAAAGAGAACAAUGCACAGGCAGCUGCAGAGCCCAAGGAAUCAAACACCAGCACUACAACGGAACCAACACCCAAACCAAAAAGACACAGGACUCCAUCUGAGUGUUCUGAAAUGGAGGCAACUGAGACUCCAAGGCAGCCCUCCAGGAGGGAGAAAAGGAAAUGGGACAAAGCAGACAAUUCAGAGGUAACUUGUGAAAGCAGGCCUGGGAAGAGAAAAAGAACCAACUCAGGAGAUGGGGAGACAACAGCUCCAAAAGUCAAGAAAACUGCUGAAAAGGAUGAAGCUGAACCAGUAAAAGAAGAAAUAACAGAAGCUCCAAAGGAUUCCAAUGGUAAAGAAGUUUCUGCAGAAGAAGACAAAGAUAAAAAAGACACAUCCCUUUCCAAAGCUAAAAGGAAACACAAGAAGAAACACAAGGAAAGGCACAAAAUGGAGGAAGAAGUCAUCCCCCUCAGAGUACUGUCCAAGACCGAGUGGAUGGGACUGAAGCAAGAAUAUUUGGCCCUGCAGAAAGCCAGUAUGGCCUCCCUAAAGAAAACCAUGUCUCAAAUCAAACCCGAGCCCGCGGGGGAGAUGGAAACGGAAUCCUGCGCCCAGAAAGCGGAAAAUCACAAAACAGCCACCAGUGAAGACGGUGCCCCUCCUGCCAAGGCCAACACAAUGGGGCCUCAGUUCGUCAGCGGAGUAAUUGUGAAGAUCAUUAGCACCGAGCCCCUGCCGGGCAGGAAGCACAUCAAGGAUGCUCUGGCAGUGCUGGCUGAGGUGGCUUAUGUUGACAUGCUGGAGGGAGACACGGAAUGUCACGUCCGCUUCAAGACUCCCGAGGAUGCCCAGACUGUCCUGAAAUCCCACAAAGAGAUCCAGAUCAAAAACAACUGCAAAUUCGAAGUUCUCACUGGUGACAAUGAACAACGUUACUGGCAGAAGAUUUUAGUGGACAGACAAGCUAAACUAAACCAACCUCGAGAAAAGAAGAGGGGUACUGAGAAGUUGAUUGCCAAGGCUGAGAGGAUGAGACUGGAGAAGACUCAGCAGACAAGCAAACACAUUCGCUUCACUGAUGACAACUAACCAGGACUGAUGAUCUUGGAGUGUGAACUGCAGGUAUUUCAAACAAACCUACCAAAAAAAAACCAGCCCCCCCACAGCCACCACUGCUUCCAGCAACUAAACCCGGGCCCCCGGAGCCAGAACUCUGCAGACUGCAAGUGUGAAGAUGGGUCUGAACCCCCAUUUUUGAACAGGCUGAAUGUUCACUGCUUCUGAGCCUUUCUAGGUAAAGCUUUCUGGAAAAUGUGUAUGACAAGAUUUUUGCUUUAGUUCACUUCUGGGGUUGUUUUUUUUUUGUUGUUGUUGUUCUGUUAUUUUUUUUUGUUUGUUUCUUUGUUUGGAAUUUUUUUUUGUAUGUUGAAGUUUUAUACACUAGGUUAUAAAAUAAAACGCUUGAGAAAAUUUCAGCUGUGUAUCUCUAAUUCUUCCAUUUGCUUUAUGCCACCAUAAAUAAUAAAAGUGGUUAAUGCUGCAUAA